AUGUCUCUAAACUACAUCAAGAACUUCUACGAAGGAUGUGUGAAACCUCCGACAGUGAUCGGUCAGUUCCACACCCUCUUCUUCGGUUCCGUGAGGAUGUUCUUCCUUGGAGUGCUGGGCUUUGCAGUUUAUGGCAAUGAGGCUUUGCAUUUCAGCUGUGACCCAGACAAAAGGGAGAUAAAUCUAUUCUGUUACAACCAGUUCAGGCCAAUAACUCCCCAAGUGUUCUGGGCAUUGCAACUGGUGAUUGUCCUGCUUCCUGGAGCUAUCUUCCACCUCUAUGCGGCAUGUAAAAGCAUCAAUCAAGAAUGCAUCCUUCAAAAGCCCAUGUACACUGUGAUUUACAUCCUCUCUGUCUUGCUAAGAAUCAGCCUGGAGGUGGCAGCGUUUUGGCUACAGAUUCACCUCUUCGGCUUCCAGGUGAACCCUGUAUACUUGUGUGAUGCUGAAUCCCUUGGUAAAAAAAUAAAUGUUCUAAAAUGCAUGGUUCCGGAACACUUUGAGAAAACUAUUUUUCUCAUCGCAAUGUAUACCUUUACUGUAAUCACCAUGGUAUUAUGUGUUGCUGAGAUUUUUGAGAUCAUAUUCAGAAGAUCAUGUUUCCUCUUUAAACAAUGA